CCACAUUGUAGCUGACACUACUCAGCUGCAGACAUGAACAACCAAGGCGUGACUUAUGCGGAACUCCAUCAUGCUAAGGGCUCAAAAAGACAGCAAGUAGAACCUAAGGGCACCAAAAGUUCCAUUUCAGUAACUGAGGAGGAGAUAGCCUAUGCAGAACUAAGUCUUCAAAAUGCUUCUCGGACCCCUCAAGGGAAUGGCAAGAACUCUCCCUGCAAAGAGAAGCUCAUUGCCGGUAUCUUGGGAAUCCUCUGCCUCGUCUUGAUGUCCACUGUGGUAACAAUAGCUGUUAUUCCCUCUACUGAAGGACCAGCGCAGAACGAAACAUCCCUGGAAACGACAAUCCAGAAAGCGUGUCUCUGUUGUCAUUGUCUGAAAGAGUGGUUUACGUAUUCCAACAAUUGCUAUUACAUUAGCACUGAGGGAAAAUUAUGGAAGGAGAGUUUGAUGUCCUGUGCUUCUAAGAAUUCUAACCUGCUCUACUAUGAUGAUGAAGAGGACAAGUUUUUGCUGAAUUUACUCCGUGCUACUACAUGGAUUAGAGGCUCCCAGAGAAGCCAUCAUAGUUCAUCUGUGCAACCAAAAGCCUUAACAUUUUCUUCCAAAGUGUUGUCAGUAUCUUCAGAGAUCCACAAGAAUUGUCCAUAUAUCGAUUUCCGUACAAAAAAAAUGUAUUUUGCACCGUGCUCAUUUAGAAGACGAUAUGUUUGUAAGCACCAGGCAUUUUAGUUACCUCAUUUUGGUAGAAUGCUCUUUCACCAUUGAUAAGGAAUCCAUGACUCAUUACUUCAACAGCCAUACAAUUGUUUUCUUUUCACAUUAGAAGAUAAUGUUUUUUAGUGUAAUUUUAGAUUCACAACAAAACUAAGAGGAAGUUCCAGAGAACCUUCUAUUGAACCUGUCUGCACACGUGCAUGGGGUCUUCCAUUAUCACCAUCAUGCACUAGAAUGUUUCAUUUUUUAUCAAGGAUGAACCCAUAUCAAUGCAUCUAUAUCACCCAAAGUCCAACG